AUCCAUGUGUUGAAGGUCAAUACACAAUAAUUGAUGACGUCAGACGUCGUCCGGUCUUUAACCCUGGUCAAUUGUGUGAUGAUAAUCUGUCACCCGGAUGGUACAGGUUUCUACUCAACGGGACUGAGGCGGAAAUUCCAACAGCAUGCGUUGAGAGUAAAAGCUGCGGUACAUUUGCACCGGUAUGGCUACGACUUCCGGCCGAAGGUUUACCACUUCCGGGCCAAACAGGAAAUGGUGAAGGCUGUGCUAAUUAUGAAGGAUGCUGUGCCUUUUCCUUCCCGAUAGUGAUAAAAAAUUCUCCUUUAACAACUUGUUCUCAAGGACAAAUCUAUAUACGUCAUCUGCAUCGCUGUAUUGAUCACAUUGUGGAAAUCACAAAACCUGUUAUACGUGUAAGAGUGAAAGGUAGUUCUAUAACUUUAAAUUGUACAUUCCACAUUCCUAAUGACGUCAUCGCUUCCACGUCACCAACAUUCCAUGUCGUUUGGUACAAAGGAGAGAGGGGAUUAUCAUCAGUAAUACGAAAAACAUUCCGAACGGAAACUAGUGAUACAAUAAGAGUAGGAAAUGACGUAUUCGCGGGCAGAACGAUAACGUGCGCAGUGCAGCCGGUAUCCGGAACGCCCUCAGGCGAAAUCUCCAGUGACCCCUAUUUCUUAGGCGUUAAGAUACAGGAGGGUAACGUGACUCUAACAGAGGACGGCCCCGUUCAGAACCUAACCUGGGUCUCACGGCUGCCUAUAUUCUGUAACAAACGCCGGAGAAGGAGAGCUAACUCGUGUGGCGCUAAUCUCAUUUUUAGACUCGACUCUGCAGAUGGAGACGAUUUCUCAAAACUUUUAUUUUCCUCCUGUAAAAUCCCUCUACGGAGAGUUAAACGUUGUCCACGUAACAUCUGUGCUGUGGAUCAACUCCAAGUCGUUGUUGCUAGGAACCUCUACAAUUUGGAGCCGGAAGACUACGAUAUAACUGGCGACAUCUACUUCCAGGAUGGGAGACUAUGGGAGGGAACUCUAUCCAAGACCUAUAUAACUGUGUAUGACCUCCCAUCGGCCACGUGCUUUGCUGUGUCCGGAGUCCAGCUUUUAACUUUCAGUUCACGGAAGGAGCAGAUAAGAAGACGUGGAACAUAUGUUUUGUUUCAAAGUUUUGAUAGUAACAUAGAGAUACAUAUGAGAGUUCGGUACUGUUUGGAAGGGAGUGGAUUGUGUAUAUGUGGUGUGGUGUUACGGUAUCGAGAGAACGUUGUCACUAUCGACAUGUGUAGACAAAAUACUGGAAAUGAAAAUGACGAUCUUGACUUCCACCUACGUUCGUAUGGUAAUGGAGGGCCGAUAGUUUCCAAUGUGAAAGUCUUGGAGGGAAGAAAUAAUCGCCUGAUUCAUAUUUUGCUUAGCUCCGAAGCACGACUUCGUGUAGACAUUAAUUCCGGACAGAUGGGUGUUGCCCUCCAGGUAUCAGGUUACUACACUGGGAAGACAGAGGGACUAUGUGGACCAAUUACAUCAGUGGACUUAUCGUCCACCGGGCCGGAAGUUAACAGACUUCCAGCUCCCCCUACUAGUACCAAUUCAUGGAGGUUUGCACCAGAGCGAAGCUAUUUCGACCGAACACCAAUACGAAAUUUGAACGGCCAAAAUGAGAUCAUGUGUGAUUGUUCUUUAUCAACAGUAAGCAAUCCAUGUCCGGAAUCCAAACCCUUUUUGACGUCACAUCCGUUCACAAGAUUCAAGGAUGUUACAGAUGACUGGUGGAAUAAUAUCACACCGUCUCCAGAUUAUUUAUUUCCUGGUGACGAAGACAUAACUGAUGUUAAUAUAAUGGAAAGAGUAGAUGAAGAAACGGCAAGCGAAAAAUGUGGCGAGUUCUUGUUGGCAUCUGAUAUAGCAGAAACAUGUGCGAAUUUCCUCUAUGAGAAAAUAAGGUCUGUCAUCGAAUUAUGUAUUUCAAUGGCAAUGAUUCAAGACGAAUCGUACUGGAAACCAAAUAUUUUAAGACUAACUGAAAGCAUGUGCGAAUCUACCCUGGUCUCAAAACCAGUUGAUGUAGAAACCAACGUGUCACGUGAUAGCUUUGUGAACGUGACGCUCUGUCCGGGAAAUUGCUACAAUAAUGGAUUUUGUAGUGAUAGCGGAUGUAUAUGUUACUAUGGUUACCUUGGAGUAGAAUGUCUUCAAAAAUUAGUAGCAGUAAGCCCAACAACGUCAACUGCAGAAACAAUCACAACUAAAUAUCUUACCACUACUACAACAACUACAACAACCACACCAACAACUACUUCAACAACAACCACCACACCAACAACUACAACCACCACACCAACAACUACUUCAACAACAACAACCACUCCUACAACAACUACCACCACUCCAACAACUACAACCACCACACCUACAACAACAACCACCACACCUACAACAACCACUACUCCAACAACUACAACCACCACACCAACAACUACAACCACUACCACUACUCCAACAACUACAACCACCACACCAACAACUACAACCACCACUCCAACAACUACAACCACCACACCUACAACAACCACUAUUCCAACAACUACAACCACCACACCAACAACUACAACCACCACACCUACAACAACUACAACCACCACACCUACAACAACAACCACCACACCAACAACUACAACCACCACUCCAACAACAACCACUACUCCAACAACUACAACAACCACACCAACAACUACAACCACCACUCCAACAACAACCACCACCACUCCAACAACUACAACCACAACACCUACAACAUCAACCACCACACCUACAACAACAACUACCACACCAACAACUACAACCACCACUCCAACAACUACAACCACCACACCUACAACAACAACCACCAAACCUACAACAACAACCACCACACCAACAACUACUACAACCACUCCAACAACAACCACCACACCAACAACCACAACUACCCCUUCAACUACUUCUACUGCCACUAAAACUACCACAAUAACCACUCCAUCAACAACUGCCACCCCACGAACAACUCCCAUUCCGUCAACAUCUACGACUUCAACGACUACAACUACUACUCUGACAACUGCCAUUACUAGAACAACUCCAUCACCCACAUCCACCACUCCAACCACAACCACCUUUCCAACCUCAACUACAACUCCAUCCACAACUGUCACUACAUCCAUAGUUAGAGAAACUACAACAUUUCCAAAAACUACUCCUCAACCGUCUCCAACCACUUCUGAGCUGACGUCACCAGAAACCACUCCGACCAGGAUUCUGCAAACCCCUUUUACGACAUGUAACAGACGGACUGAAGGGUGUAGUACUGUCAGAAUGUACCUGAGGCGCCCUCUGAAAAACUUUAAUGGAGGCUGCGCAGUACGACAAAUUCAGUUCAAAAACGGAGUAUGGGUGGCUAGUGGCGAGAUGGUGAGAGCGAUUAUGCGAUACAUAAAUAUAGAGACAGUGGAAUGUAUAUUACCUCAGGUGUCACGGAGGGUUGACUUCACAACUUACCAGGCUUAUGUGUUCGACUCGGAAGGCAACACAUUGUCUCGUAUGGUGUCUGUCAUUGACCUCAUCUGUCAGACCUGUUCAAUAGAUACAGGAUGCAGUUUCAGGGAUAACACGUGUUUUAUCGAUCAGACCUGCUACAAUGGAGGAUACACUAAUCCCAAUAAUCACUGUCAGAGGUGUCUACCUGUAAGGAGUCUGAAAAAGUGGUCACCAAGGGAAGAUAAUCGUCUACCGAUUGUCACGACAAAACAGACCACUUUCUCAAUUAUUCAAGGAGACACCAUUUAUACAAAAAUAAACUCCUCUGAUCCAGAAGGAUCUCCUUUGAGAUUCAAAGUAGAUCGAUCAGAUGCUUACAUAAGUCGACGGGGACUAUUCAAAUGGAAAUCAAGCGUAAGAGCUUUGAGAAGAAACGGAAGUUCCGAGGUAUUCCGGGUGUCGAUAAUGGACAAAUGUGGCGGGAAGAAAACUGUAGUUCUACUAGUGGUGCUGUACCAGUGCGGAUGUAAAAACAACGGAGAAUGUGUCAGUCGGACUGUCCGUUACAACAGAACAGCCAAUAGUUAUGAAUGUAACUGCCCAUCUAGCUACACUGGUUCUCGUUGUGAAUCGCGGGUUAGCGCCUGUAGGAGUAAUCCGUGUUACCAGGGAGUAACCUGUUCUGACGUCGGAGAUGGUUUUCGGUGUGGACAAUGUCCAAUGGGCAUGACAGGAAAUGGAAUCACGUGUAAUAGAAAUUGUGCCUCCAAUCCGUGCUUUCCUGGAGUACAAUGUACAGAUGUUACAAUGUCCGACCCGGCCUUUACCCAGAAUUCCUUUGCCUGUGGACAGUGUCCACCAAACUACCUUGGUGAUGGCCAGCAGUGUAAAGCUCAGGGAGCCAGCAUGUGCGAGAGAAACAUUUGCUCGCCUCUAGUAACAUGUCGAAACACCAGACACUAUCCAUAUUACAAGUGUGGGGCGUGCCCGUACGGUUACCAGGGUAACGGUACAACAUGUACAGUUUCGACUUGUAACCAGUAUUGCCCACGAAAUCGCAUCUGCGUCAGUCCGGGCGUCUGUGCCUGUCGUCAAGGUUACACCGGAUUUAUAUGUCAUCGACCUGUUUGCAAGCCGCAUUGCCAGAAUAUGGGUUUUUGCCAAAGUGUUAAUAAAUGUCUAUGUAGACAGGGCUAUACUGGACCAAGGUGCGAAACAGCGUACUGCAAUCCGCCUUGUAGAAACAAUGGCCAGUGUAUCAGACACAAUAAAUGCAGAUGUCCUGACGGGUAUAGAGGAUAUCGAUGUGAAAUACCUGUAUGUAAUCCAACAUGUCAAAAUGGCGGUGCAUGUCUUCCUGGUAACAAAUGUCAGUGCACCCCCAACUACAAGGGUAAAGUUUGUAAAAAACCGAAAUGUAUGCCAAAGUGUCAAAAUGGUGGGAAAUGUGUGGCGCCUGGGGUGUGUAGAUGUAGAGCCCGACAUCGGGGACCUCGAUGUGAGAAUGCUGUAUGCCGAUUCCAGUGUCAAAAUGGUGGUGUCUGCUCCGGAUAUAACCGCUGUAAAUGUCCGCACGGCUAUCAUGGUCGGAGAUGUCAAUUUGCGCACUGUCGGAGAGUAUGCUUGCACGGGGGCCGUUGUGUGGGCGUCAAUCACUGCACGUGCAUUCAUGGUUAUACAGGACGUUUCUGUCACAGAGUUCAGUGCACACGGAAUUGUAAUGGACGAGGGUAUUGUCGGACACAUGACAAAUGUACGUGUAGAAGAGGAUAUUAUGGAACUAAUUGCCAAUAUGCUUCAUGUUGGCCCAGAUGUCCCGAGGGCCGGAAAUGUCCCCAUCCUACCGUCUGUCGGUGCCGGAGAACCACAAAUGGUCACGUUUGUCAGUGCACAGUUCGGGCGAUAUACUCCUCACGAUACCAACAGAUACAGAACCAUCCUAAAGUGACACGGAGGUUAAGCUAUAGACUGAAGCUUAACAGAUGAGCAUUUGUCGAUGAUUGAUAUAAGGCAGUGAAG